CGCUGAGCGCCCUGCGGCCGGCGGAGACGCUGCCCGGGCCGCCCCGCUGGCCGCUGAUGGGCAGCCUGCCCGACGUGCUCUGGAAGGGAGGGCUCAAGAGGCAGCACGAGACGCUGGCUCAGUACCACCGCAGGUUCGGGAAGAUUUUCCGCAUGAAGCUGGGCGCCUUCGACUCCGUGCACAUCGCGGCUCCCUGCCUGCUGGAGGCUCUGUACCGCCGCGAGAGCGCCUGCCCGCAGCGCCUGGAGAUCAAGCCCUGGAAAGCAUAUCGCGACUAUCGCGACGAGGGCUACGGGCUGCUCAUCCUGGAGGGAAAGGACUGGCAGAGGGUGAGAAGCGCCUUUCAGAAGAAAUUAAUGAAGCCCGGGGAAGUUGCGAAACUGGAUACGACCAUCAAUGAGGUCCUGGAGGACUUUAUGCACAGAAUAGAUGAGAUUUGUGACCACAAUGGACAGAUGGAAGAUGUCUACUCAGAAUUCAACAAAUGGUCUUUUGAAAGCAUCUGUCUGGUGCUGUACGGAAAGAGGUUUGGCCUCCUGCAGCAGGACGUGGAAGAAGAAAGUCUGAACUUCAUCAAGGCUGUGAAAACGAUGAUGGCCACCUUCGGGAUGAUGAUGGUGACCCCUGUGGAGCUGCACAAGGGGCUCAACACCAAAGUCUGGCAGGCUCACACCAAAGCGUGGGAUGAUAUAUUUAAAACAGCCAAGCACUCCAUCGACUGCCGGCUGCAGAAGCACUCAGCCAAGCCCCAGGAGGAUUUUCUGUGUGACAUCUACUCGGGGGGACACCUGUCCAGGAAGGAGCUCUACGCUGCCAUCGCCGAGCUGCAGAUCGCCGGCGUGGAGACGACAGCCAACAGCUUGCUGUGGGCUCUGUACAACCUUUCCCGCAAUCCACACGUCCAGCAGAAGCUUUUCCAGGAAAUCCAGAGAGUUUUGGCCGCCCAGAAGAUCCCAAGUGCUGAGAGCCUGAGGGAUAUGCCUUACCUAAAAGCCUGUCUGAAAGAAUCCAUGAGAUUAAGUCCAUCAGUGCCUUUCACCACUCGCACCAUCGACACGGAAAUGGUUCUGGGGAAUUACGUGCUGCCCAAAGGGACGGUGCUGAUGCUCAACAGCCACGCCCUGGGCUGCAGCGAGGAGUACUUCAGGGGCUGGGCUGAGUUCAGGCCCGAGCGCUGGCUCCAGAGGGGCUCCAUCCAUCCCUUCUCCCACGUCCCCUUCGGCAUCGGGAAGAGGAUGUGCGUGGGGCGCCGCGUGGCAGAGCUGCAGCUGCACCUGGCCCUCUGCUGGCUGCUCCGUAAGUACCGGGUGGUGGCCACGGACCAGGAGCCGGUGCAGACGCUGCACUCGGGAACGCUCAUCCCCGGCCGGGCGCUGCCCAUCGCCUUCCACCCGCGAGCAGGUUGCAAAAAAUAAAGGACAGCCCUGCUGCUGCCUCCUCUGAAAAGAGAGACAUCAGCCGUGCAAGUCAAAGCUCUGGAGGCUCCAGUAACCGGGGAAGAGCUGCACCACAUCCCUGGAACCAGGAACAGCACCGGGAAAAGCUCCCAGACUGUCUGAUUGGGAAAAUGCGCUUAGAGGGAAAGAAACAGGCCAGGUGCUUUGGCAGAGCUGUGGAAAUCCAGGGGUUUAGUGCAGCUGAGGGGCUGUUCAGGACGAGCAGCCCUGCAGGUUGUUUCCCAGCCCGGUCUGAGGAGAGCUGCCUCCAGUCCGGGACCAGGCACGGCUGGACCGGCCCCGGCAGCUCAGACUGGGGGAGCAGAGUGCCUCAGAGCUCCUCAAAUCACCAUGAGAAGGGAGUGGGGAGUCUGGAAAAAGGCUAAAACAGGGCUGGAGGAUUGGGAUCAUGAGAGAAAUGCCUUUCCUUGGCAUCCUUCAGUGCCUGGGUAGGAGGGAAAUAGGGACAAAUGCGCCUGACAGGAUUGAUUGCUCCGCUUUGAGCAGUCGCAGUCUCGUGCCUGUCACACCCUCUGCUCUUCCCCGCGGAUUUCCAUCCCUCCAGCCCCUGCACAACCCAUUUUAUCCCACCCUUACAGUAAAACUUCGUGGUCUUUCACUGCAUGAAAAGGCCUGAUCCAGAAACGGAGCCACUGGAAUCCCAUGGGUUCUGCCUCUGCGGAAUGAUGAUUAUCCUAAUAGGAUACUUACAGGAGAUUAAUGACCAAAUUAUGCUUCCAAGGACAAUUCCCUGGGAAAUGAGGGCCCUAAACAUUUCCAAGGGGUUUGUUUCUCAUGGAGGCUGCAGUAUCUGAAGGUUCAAAUUGUCACUGCCCUGCAUGCAAUGCUGGAUUUUGGCUGUUAUGGUCGCUGGUUAUACACCUUUGCAGUUUCAAGUACAGUUUUAUCUCUCUAUAGAUAACCCUGGAUAUUUUUUUUUUUUUUUU